GACGACAACAGUUCACUCAUCACUUAACCAGCACUUUGCAGAAGUAAUUGCCAGUGCCCACCUUGAUGUGACUGGACCACCGAAUGUGUACCAUGCACCAGCAUUCAUUUCAAGUCUUUCUAAAUACUUUCUUCCACAUGCUACCUUGUGGUCAGGAAUGCUGCUUGGAGACCUUGGACGGCAUGGCAAAGGAUCAGCGUAUGUCUUUCUCAGUAAACGGUACAAUCAGGUGUCGCAGUUGAACACGCAGAACUACACUGAAGACAACCGUACACAAGGGAUCAUGGAAAAAAGUCAAUGGGACCUGAAAAGGAUUCGUUUUGAUGGAAAGCGUCUCACUAGAUUAGAUGACUUUGUGCUCAUAUAUCAAAGGAAACAUGAUGGUCUUCUCAGAGAAUAUGGAGAUGUGGUCAACAAAAGGAGGAAGUCUUACCGAGUGGAGACCGAGAAGUGGAAGAAAAUAAGUAGAAAGCGAAAAGGCUUCUAUGUAACUCCUCAGAUGGGAAAACAAGUCAAACAGGAUUAUCUACAAGAACCACCAGACUCAGAUGUGCCCACAGAGCAGACUGAAGCUGUCACUACACAGAGCACAGAAGACAUCCAAGGAUGGGAUUUGCCAAACAACUCCAGAAAAGUCCAGGAGGCGGAAAAGGGCAAAACAUUGGAUAAAUUACAGGUCACAGCACUGUGGAAAAGAGAGGAAACCGAAGUUGUCGUUGCUGUGAUUCCAUCACAAAUAAAAGGGAACAACUUUAUAGUUCACCACAGCGAGCUGCAAUCCCUGGAACCUCAUCAAUGGUUAACAGGCGAGAUUAUAGAGUGUGCUCUGCAUGUUAUGGCCUGCAAGCUGGAUUUGGGCAGUAAGAUAUACAUUCUGAACCACUACACUGCUGGUGUCAUCCUGUUUGGGAAAAGAGAAAUGAUGAGGAGGCACUGUUUGUCAAAGGUCAACUUUGAUAACUACGAGGCAAUUGUUUCGUUUGUGAACGUUGGAAAUGUUCACUGGAAGUGCCUGGUUAGUAGUAACAUAAAUUGCCUUUCAGAAAAUUCAUAUUCUGAACUAAGUUCAAUAUUAUGGAAUAAUAAGAUUUCUGUUUUUAAAAUUAGGUUUUGUAAGUGCCAUAAAAUGUCACCCUGGAAACUUUUUUUACUUUCUGAGACAACUAGCCCUGAUUUAUGUGUGUGUGUGAUGUCCCACUAUCAAGUCCUAAAUGUCAAAUACCUGUAUACUGGACUACUAAAUGUUUCCCAUCAGUUUACCUUAAAACCUGACAUUUAAUGUAUUCGACUGUAGUAAAUGGUGUGUGGACAAAGAGGACGAUAGCAAAUAGAAAUUAAAGUAAAUUAACUUGAAAGAUUACAAUAGGUAUUGAUGUAAUAAUAUGUAUAACAGCUUUUCAUGGACUAAUUACAGCAAUCAGCUUUAAUAACUGAUCAAACAAGUUAUAGUCAAAUCUCUCAAGUAUGAUAAAAAUCAGAUACAUAUCUGCAAUUACUGGCUACAGAAUUAAUUAUAUUAUCUUUUCUGUUAUAGUACCUAAGUAAAGCAGACAACUGUCUUUACCUUGUUGAUCCAGCACACAACACAAGAGAGCUUGAAGAAUCCAAAGUGGCAGCACAAAAAUUCAGGUAGAUUCUCAUUUUCAAAAAUUUAAUUGAUUAAAUGAUCAUGUUCUUUUAUAGUGCUGCAGUUUUCAAAAUGUGUAAUCCAGUCCGUAUGAGUGGGUUGGGACGGUUCUGCCGAUGUGCCUCAUUAAUUACAUUUUAGCAAUGAAAAAGCACAAGUUUUUGAUUACUUGAUUAUUUUUUGCUUAAUGUUGUGUUAAA